AUGCCCGACCAAUCGCAAGAGCCCCACCGAAGCUUCAUGGAUAGAAUGUUCCAUCACCACCAAGACCGGCAGAACGAGGGAAGACAGCAGCAACAGCCGCAGCAACCAGGCCAAAGCCAGACGCAGGACCCGGAGAAGAAAGAAAGUGAAGUGGACAAGUUUAAGGAUUACAUUGAAGAAGACGAAGAAUUGGAGCGGGAGCAAGGAUCUUAUGGAGGAUUAAUGUAA